AUGUCCAACAAGGCCGAGCUGCUGGUCAUCAAUCCCACAAAUGGCGUCGUCUCGAGACAGAUACAGUGCCCUACUCAAGUUGUGUGUCUCCAUGUGUCCCCAUCGCAUGUGCUAUCAGGAUCCUCGGACGGUCUCCUCCGCACACACGACUUGCGCGCGCCCACGAAGCGAAACUCUACAUCCGAACACAUUGUCAAGGCGCAUCAAGGUAGCGUGCAGGCGAUUGAAUCCAGCGGCAACUGGAUAUACAGCAUCGGUUGGAGCUCGCUGAAUGGGCGUCCCAUCCCGGAUCCCGUCGUCAAAAUCUUUGACUCGAGGAAUCUCAAACUCGCCUCCUCCUUCAACUUCGCCGCAGGACCGUCCUUCCUCAACGUUCAUCCUGUCAAAUCUACGACACUGGUCCUCACAUCAAACUCCGGAGUCGUCAACAUCGUUGAUGUACUCAAUCCUAGUCUGGGAGAGUUUCAUCAGUUGGACGUCGCUUCCUACUUGACUUCUUCUGCCAUUUCUCCAAAUGCCGGUUAUAUCUCAUUUGGUGACGCAGAAGGCAUCAUUCAUGUGCUCACCGCAAGUGAGAACGAUGCCGAACCGUUCAAUGGAUUUGAGGGACGGCCAGUUGAAUGGGCAGAUGAACCAGCCGAACCUCCUGAAAUAACUUGGACAGAUGAGACGCCGCUCAAUUUGAUAGGGAUGCCAUACUAUUCGGACUAUCUUCUUUCAUCCUACGACAAGGGUUUCCAAAGCGUCCCAGAGUACUAUCCUCCACCGAUGAAGAUCCCGCCACAGGUCCUAGCGUCACUGCGACAAGUCGAGGGUGUCUCAUUUGCCCAAUUGCCGCGCGAAUUGCAAGGCAAACGUAACGUAAUAUCGAUACCGCCACCCAAAAAGCAGGGUCGAUUCAGAAGUGAAAAGUCUCGUCGGGCAGGAGGGUCGCCACCUCCAGAAUCACCGUAUGAUGUACAAAGCGGUGACUCUGCUCCUCGUCAUUAUCAACGGAACGAGAUUGAGUAUUCCAAGUUUGGAGUCGAAGACUUUGACUUUGCAUUCUACAAUAAGACCUCGUUCAGUGGCUUGGAGACUCACAUCCUCAACUCGUACACCAAUGCACUUAUACAAGCGAUGCACUAUGUGCUGCCAAUACGCCAGAUAGCCAAGUCUCACAUUACUACAUCUUGUUCACGGGAAUACUGUCUUCUUUGCGAGCUAGGGUUUGUAAUGAGGAUGCUGGAAGAUGCCAAAGGAAUCAAUUGUCAAGCCACCAACUUUUGCAAGACGAUUCCGAACAUUCAUUCCGCUGCAACCUACGAUGUGAUUGACUAUGGGAGAGAGACCCACACAGUCAAUUAUGGCGCAAAGAUUCAAUUCUUCAACAGGUUCAUUGUGGAGAAUAUCAAAGUCGAAGGAAACAUAGAGCCAAGUAAUCCCUCCCUGGCUCCCUUUCGACAAGGUAUUUUCCAAGACAAGACCCCAUCGCCUCUGAGUCAACUGCUAUCCAUCGAGUCGAACAACGAGAAGCCGGACUCCUCUCACAUCAUCGACCUCACCUACCCUCGAAAGAUCCCGACAAAUGAAGCAUCCCAAUACUCGGACUUUGCAUCCAUCCUUCGUAACUCCCUAAUAAGAGAUUAUUCGCAAAAGGCAACUUGCCAGUCCUGCAAGCAAGUGGCGGUUCAGAAUAUUCGAAGGUCCUUGACGCCAGAACUCUUGCCGCCUAUUCUACUGCUCAACACCUCGAUACACAACGACGAGCAACUGAAACUAUGGCAAGACUCGAAGAACGGACGCUUCUUGCAGCCCUUUGUUGGUGUAGACAUUGCGACAUCGCCCUCUCAACUCGGGGGACUAUCGAGCACGUUGGUAGACGUCAGUGCUGGCCUUGUGUGGUAUGAGCUACGAAGUAUGGUCAUCGACGUCAAAGGGUCUGAUCAAUCUUCACAUCUUGUAUGCAUAGCAAAAGUUCCCGAAGUAGAAAGAAAUCGAGCUGAGAAGUACUCUUGGUAUUUGUUCAAUGACUUCACAGUACGCGGAAUCUCGGAAGAGGAUGCGCUCUCCUUUCCUGGACGCUGGAAGGUUCCGGCCGUUCUUUACUAUGAACGGGUCGACAUGCAAGACGGGCUGGACUUUUCUGGUCUACCAAUGACCCAGGACCCAUCCAUUCUCUCCCAGGACAUCUCUUUGUCCGUUGUUAGAGAUCCAUCACGAAAGGUCCACGAACUCCUGCAACUCGAUGAGCUGCCAAAGCCUGGAACAAUCGUGGCAAUAGACGCAGAGUUUGUUCAAAUGCAACUGGAAGAGACGGAAGUUUUUGGCGACGGCACUCGUCGCAUUCUUCGCCCGGCGCGUUUGGGUCUUGCACGAGUAUCAGUGUUACGUGGUUCAGGACCCAAAGAAGGGGUGCCAUUCAUCGACGACUAUAUACACACUAGCGAAGAAAUUGUUAACUUACCUGAGCGAGUUCUCGGGAAUCCAUUCCCACAAAUGUCUGCACAUACGCUGGUUCCCCUCAAAGUCGCGUACAAGAAACUGCGCCUUCUGAUCGACCUUGGCUGUAUCUUUGUUGGACAUGGGCUGGCCAAGGACUUUAGGAUCAUCAACAUCUUUGUCCCACCAGAGCAGGUCAUUGACACUGUCGAUGUGUACUUUAUCCCAGAGCGGCAGCGGAGGAUCUCUCUACGAUUCCUGACGUGGUUUGUACUGGAACAAGAGAUUCAGCAGGACGAGCACGACUCGAUAGAGGACGCUCGAUCGGCGCUCCUUCUGUACAAAGCUUUCCAGGCAAUGGAGGAGGCUCACACAUUCGAUGACAAGCUGGAAGAAAUCUAUCGUGCGGGAAGAGAAAACAACUGGAAACCACCCAGUGCAGCCAAGGCAUCGCCUCCUCCCAUGCACGCAACACCUGGCGUGCCGUAUUCUACCUUUUUCCCGCGUCCCUUUUCGCCUACAUUUCCUGUCGAUGCUCUGGCAAAUCAUUUCCAGGGGUUCACGUUGGAUCCACCCUUCCGUCAACAGUUCGUCCCGGUCGCCCCAGAGGUCGCGGCCUUCUCGAUGCCAUACACACCACCACGGACUCCGUCUCAUCAUCACUCUGGACGGAGAUCACAGGGACAAAGACCGCGUUGA